AUGUCCCCCUCUUUCGCGCUGGCGCACUCCUCACUCCCGUUCCCUUCUCGCCGCGCGCUCCCCACCCAGCUGCCCCGCCGCCUCGCCCCCAAACACCCGCCCCUUUGCGCUUACGGUCUCCUCCUCGACGGCACGCUCCAGCGGCCGCUCCGCACGCCUCGACGCCUCGCCGUCUUCGCCAGGGCUUCGGCGUCCGCUGUGGUCCCGCCGCACGGAGAGGGAGGUGGCGGCACGGAGGCGGGGCCGAAGGGCACGGGGUACCGGAACCGGUUCCUGGACCUGGCGCGGCUGGGGGCGGUGGCGGAGGGCGCGGCGGAGGCCUUCUUCCGCAGCGAGAUCCGCCGGCGGCUGGCCGUCACUGCCGCGCUCAUCGUGCUCAGCCGCGUGGGCUACUUCAUCCCGCUCCCAGGGUUCGACCGUCGCCUCAUCCCAGACUCUUACCUCAGCUUCUCCCCGCUUCCUGCAGAUGACCUAGGCGAUUUCUCCUCAGAAUUGAAGCUUUCGUUUUUCCAGCUGGGGAUCAGUCAUCAAAUUUCAGCAUCUAUUGUCAUGCAGGUUCUCUGUCAUGUUCUUCCAUCACUUGAAAAGCUCUGCAAGGAAGGAUUAGACGGACAUGAGAAGUUAAAAGGCUAUAUAUGGUGGCUUUCUUUGUGUUUUGCAACUGUGGCUGCUUUUACUGUGUCAUGCUAUUCCCUGCAGUAUUCAGUAUAUGCUGCAAGUUACAGGGUUAAGCAUAUAGUUAUAACAAGUCUUUUGCUUGUUCUUGGUGCAAUGUCAAUGACAUGGAUUUGUGACACCAUAACAGAAUCUGGAUUUGGACAUGGCUCAUCUUUGAUUAUCUGUGUGGGAAUUUUGACUGGCUACACAGAUACACUACACAAGAUGAUAACUCAGUUUUCAGGGAAUUUUUCCUAUUGUUGGCCUUACAUCUUGGGAGUAGCUGGAAUUUUUAUGAUGCUCACCAUGGGUGCUGUGCUGGUGACUGAAGGAUUCAGGAAGAUAAAACUUCAGUACUAUGGAUUUAAAUUAGCUUCUGGUGCAGGGAAUGAAACCCCAGUUACAGAGGUUGAGCCGUAUAUCCCCUUCAACAUCAAUCCGACUGGAAUGCAGCCCUUGUUUACAACCUCAUACUUGCUAGCUUUUCCAAGCAUCAUGGCCAGUAUUUUUGCCUCACCCUUUUGGGAAAACUUGAGGGAAAUUUUGAACCCAAAGACUUCAACUGGUGGUAGUCCCUGGGUUUAUUACUCGACAUAUGCUUUUCUCGUCUUCGUCUUCAAUAUUUUUGAUAUUGCUAACUUACCCAAAGAGAUAUCUGAUUACCUGAAUAAGAUGAGUGCAAGGGUACCAAGGAUAAAGCCUGGAAGAGCAACAGUAGACUACCUUACAAAGAUACAAACAUCAACGCGUUUCUGGGGUAGCCUUUUUGUCUAUGUUGGCUUCUGCGGUGGUCCUGGAUCAGAUCUUGCCAUCUUGGCAAUGGAAACAGAUUCUAAAAUUCUGAAUGAUCCAUACAUGACCAUGUGGCUUCAAUUCUAA